AUGGUGAGAAAUUCAAACAAUAAUAGUUCAGGAUCAGGGAGUGGUGUGGUCACUAUCCUUGAUCCUUCUCAAGAUCCGACGAGUCAUUAUUAUGUUCAUCCAAGUGAAGGUCCUUCUAGCGUUUCUGUCACACCUCAACUUGCGGCCAAGAACUACCACUUUUGGGCCAGAAUGAUGCAACGAGCAUUGAUUGCGAAGAAUAAAUACAGAUUUGUUGAUGGAACUCUUCCAAUAUCCGCUGUUAAUUAUCCACACUAUUUUGCCUGGGAAAGAUGUAACAAUUUGGUACACUCAUGGAUCAUGAAUUCCAUCUCCUCAUUAAUAGGAGAGAGCGUUGUUUUCAUGGAAAAUGCUAUAGAUGUCUGGCUUGAUCUAAAAGAAUGA